UUCUCUGCCCUUCACAGAGAAAGCGUUUGUGUUCCUGAUACCAGCUGAAAUCGACUUUCGCUGUCAGACACGCUGACGAGCCAGUCAUAAAUCUUCGUUACUGUCCAUGGCCAUAAUGCUGGUCUCGGUUCGUUCUGCGACGCUGCUGCUCGGGCUGGCGGUGUUGUGCAGUUCAGACUUCGCCCCUCCCACAAUCAACAUUAACUUGGACGAUGAUCCGCAAGUGCGAUGGAUGCCAAUUCGUAAUGUAUUUGACGCCGACUUCCUCAACAGAGCUGCUCGAGAUGUCAUUGAUUCAACAAUUCCAAAAUGGCUUCACAACGUUCUCAAAUCUCUGAUAAAGGUCUCAGAGAAGUUCAUUCUUCCCAAGCCUUAUGGUGACGAAAUCCGUGGCUUGGCUUCACACUUUGGCUUUAGUCUCUCUGAUGCCAUCAUGCUGAACUUUGCCUAUGAAGUAACUGCAUUCUGCACAAGCAUAGUGGCUCAAGACAAAGAUGGACGCAUAUACCAUGGAAGGAAUCUGGACUACCCACAUGCUGUUCUGAGGAAUCUUACAGUCAACGUUAUCUUCAAGAAGAAUGGAAAGAUCUCAUAUAUUGGAACCACAUUUGCCGGCUAUGUUGGUCUGUGGACAGGACAAAGUCCAUAUAAAUUCACUGUAUCCGGUGACCAGCGAGGCAGUCAGCACUGGUGGAACUUCUGGAAGAAUAUGGUGUCAGCUUUCCUGUUGAAGAGAAAGCCAGUCAGCUGGCUGAUGAGAGAGAUCCUAGAAGAGGCAGAAGACUUUCAAGAUGCUGUCCUGUAUCUUUCCAAAAUUCCCAUCAUUACAGAAGUGUAUUACAUUGUUGGUGGGUCAAAGGCAGGUCAAGGGGUGGUCAUCACCAGAAACAGGGAAGGUCCCGCUGACAUCUGGCCACUGGAUCCAAUUAAUGGACAAUGGUUCAGAGUUGAGACCAAUUUUGACCACUGGCUUCCCUCUCCAGCCAAGGAUCAUCGAAAAGAAACUGCAGAAAAAGCAAUGAAUUCUACCGGUCAAGAUCAUAUCAAUAUGUAUUCGCUUUAUCAGGUUUUAUCACGAGUGCCAGUGUGUAAUGGGAUUACUGUUUACACAACAAUAAUGAGUGCAACAAGCCCUGAGAAUUAUACCACUCUUGUCAGACCACCGCACUGCCACAACAGUGUUCGAGCUAAAGUGCUUCCUUUCUUUGGAGGUGAGAAAUGGGAUUUUCCCCGUAUCUAAGUGAAACCAAUGAGCAACUUUUUGGCGUCACGAGAAGCUGCAAGCUCAAGAAAAUAUUGUCCACUCUGCAAUAAUCUUUUUUUUUCACCAUUGUAAUGAAUGUGGUCAUGUUAUCUGAGAAUUUUUUUAGACAGUAUGAGUCACCAAAUGUGACCUGUAAACGAUGUUAAUAAUGUGUUUUUCAUAUACGAAAUUACAGGCGAAAGAGCCUUUUCAUUGUCAUGUAUUAAAGUUACUAUUUUUACAUAAAUAGAAAGUAUAAAUGCAAGCGCUAUGAUCUUAGAUAGAUUGCACACUUAAUCAGCUGCACAAGGAUUUUAAGCAAUAUCAGUGUUUGUGCCUUAAUGAUGAAAAAAAAAAAAACUUGAAACAUGCCUUUUAAUGAAAUGUGAUUAAAAUGUGUGGACUAAAAAACAAGGUAAUGUCUCUUUAAUUAGGAAAAAAAUAAACAAAUGUAAAUGAAACCAUGAGUACAACAUUGAAAUAUUGAAAGGGGAGAGUGCAUCUGCCUCAGAGUUUGGUAGUUUAGUGUUCAGAUGUUGAGCCUCCCUUUGCAUUUGUACGUGUGCUUGCCUUGGUUUCCUGCAUGGACUCCAGAGCACAAGAUUAACUUAAUUAAUUUAUAAAUUAAUUUUUGUUUACUAACAUUUCUGAACGCAAGUAAAAUUUCCAUGGGUAGGUACAUACUUACAAAGUGAAUCCUCACGUUUCCUCUCAUUUUCAUGUUAUUGCAUGCAAAUAACUGAGAAAUACAGUACAUCAAAAAAUUGUGACCUAUAAACCAGUGUCAAUAUUAUGAGAGAAAACAAAUUCCAUAUUCCAUGUCCAAAAUAAAACUCAUUUUCAGGAUGUCUCAUUUGAGCUUAUUGGGGAGCAAGUAAUCAGUGAUAGUCCUCUUCACCAUUGUCAAUUGUUUACAAACAUGUGAAACGUGUUGUUCUUUUCACACAAUAGUCACAGUGAUCAUUUGCCAUACUUGCACUGCUGCUGCUAUCCUUGACCUGCCUUUUUUGGCAUGUAUCCCUUUCUUCUUGUUCUUGUUGGAUGGUAAACCAGUUCGUUUUAUUUGUGCAUUAUCAUGAACACUGAAAUGUGUGAAGCAAAAGUGUGUCGGCAACAAAAAAAAUAUUCAAUGCAAAUUAAAAAGCAUAUCAGGAAAAUUACUGGUUGCCCCAAGGCUGAGUUCAAUAACUUGCUUGCCCACUGAGUUUGAUAAGCCAAUGACAGAUAUAAUUAUUUCAUGCGAUAGGAGGGGAACAAGAGUGCAAGAU